UACAGCAGAGAAACUGAUGCAUCUUUAUCAUUUGCAUGUGAUUGUGAAUCACUAUUGUUUUAGUUGAACAUGUUUCAGUUGUUAGAACAUGAUACUCUACAGGUGUGUAUGAGAAUGUAUUCUCAUGUCACUGCCUUUCUAAUCUCCCCUGCAAAGUGACGGAGUUCCAUCAUAAAAGGGGGAGGUUACUACAUAUAGUACAGCUGCAUACAAAUAUAAAGGCUAGUCCACCAAGGGCUUUCUUCACAGACAGCCACAUGAUAAUCUCAAUCUGUGCCCAUUAGUGCACUGAGAGAGAAGAGGGUUCAACAGAGAGAACGAAGCAGUGACAUAAACAGAGAGCAAGUGGGAGAGAACUUUUAAGGGAUCUGGCAGUGAUUUGUAGAAUCUAAGUGGCAUAAUAUUGUGCUUUUUCUACUUUUCCGUGAUUCAGACGAUGCUGUACACUAAAGCCUCGAAAGCCAAAAUGUUCUAUACUUUUUUGCUAACUAAAACAAAUGUUAUGUUAUUGAAGGAUUUGAGUCCAUUCCAGUUAUUUUUUGAAAAUACAUAUAAUAUCUGAGAUGUUAAUGGAUUUACUUUUUGCGAAAACAAUGAAGAAUCUGGCACAUGAACAUCAUCACAUAUUGAAUAUGGGAAUAGACCUGUUUGGGAGUGUUGGCGUGAUGGAUGAAAUCGAGACUGUUCCAAAUGGAAUGUUCAGGUAUCAAAUGUAGAGGGAGAAGCCUGGUACUUUAACACUGGAUGCAGGAACCUUUGGUGGCCAGAAUCAUGAUAUCACAGUGCCACACAUCACAGUUCUGCUGUCGGUUUGGUCCACUGUUUGGAUGCCAUGUAACAACAUUGCUCAGGUUACUGUGGAUGCUGUUUCUGGGUCUAAGUCCAGAGUCAUGGGCUCAGCAGGGCACACAACCACACUCCAUCAAGAUCAAGGGGGACAUCACCCUGGGUGGCCUGUUUCCAGUGCACUCCCGUGGGCCAGCCGGUGUGCCCUGUGGGGAGAUCAAGAGGGAGAAGGGGAUCCACCGAAUGGAGGCCAUGCUGUAUGCGCUGGAUCAGAUCAACAGUGACCCUGAUCUCCUGCCUAACAUCACCCUGGGGGCCAUGGUCCUGGACACCUGCUCCAGAGACACCUACGCUCUGGAGCAGUCACUCACCUUCGUCCAGGCCCUCAUCCAGAAGGAUAACUCAGACGUGCGCUGCUCCAACAAUGAGCCACCCAUUAUUCGCAAACCAGAGAGGGUGGUGGGAGUAAUCGGGGCAUCAGGCAGCUCUGUGUCCAUCAUGGUGGCCAACGUGCUGAGACUCUUUGCGAUCCCCCAGAUUAGUUAUGCGUCCACGGCUCCAGAGCUGAGUGACAAAAGUCGUUAUGAGUUCUUCUCCCGCGUGGUCCCUCCUGACUCCUACCAGGCCCAGGCCAUGGUGGACAUCGUCAAGGCUAUGGGGUGGAACUAUGUAUCUACACUGGCCUCAGAAGGAAACUACGGUGAGAGCGGCGUCGAUGCCUUCCUCCAGAUUUCUCGAGAGGCAGGAGGUCUAUGCAUCGGCCAAUCCAUCAAAAUCCCUCGAGAGCCGAAACCAGGUGGGUUUGAUAAGAUCAUCAAGAGACUAAUGGAGACCUCUAAUGCUCGUGGGGUCAUCAUCUUUGCCAAUGAGGACGACAUCAGACGUGUCUUGGAGGCAGCAAAGAGGGCCAACCUGACGGGUCACUUCCUGUUUGUGGGCUCUGACAGCUGGGGGGCCAAGAGCUCCCCCAUCCUGGACCAGGAGGAUGUGGCUGAGGGGGCUGUCACCAUCCUCCCCAAGAGGGCCUCCAUCGAUGGGUUUGACAACUACUUCACCUCGAGAUCUCUGAAAAACAACAGAAGGAACAUCUGGUUUGCAGAAUACUGGGAGGACGACUUCAAAUGUAAACUCACUCGACCAGGUAUCAAGUACGACCUUGGUAGAAGAAAAUGUACAGGGGAAGAGAGAAUCGCACAGGAAUCUCAGUACGAGCAGGAAGGGAAAGUACAGUUUGUGAUAGAUGCGGUGUAUGCCAUGGCCCAUGCCUUACACAGCAUGCACCUGGAUCUCUGUCCGGGCUCCAUGGGCAUCUGUGAGAAGAUGGACCCAGUGGAAGGGAGUCAGCUGCUCCAUUACAUUCGCUCAGUCAACUUUAAUGGCAGUGCAGGGACUGGGGUCAUGUUCAAUGAGAAUGGAGAUGCUCCUGGUCGCUAUGACAUCUUCCAGUUCCAACUUUCCAACACCACCAACCCUGGCUACCGGUGUAUUGGCCAGUGGACAAACCAUCUGCGACUCAAUGCUGAGGAGAUGCAGUGGUCGGGUGGGGACCGUGCAGUCCCUGACUCUGUGUGCAGUUUCCCCUGUGAGUUAGGAGAGAGGAAGAAGAUGGUGAAGGGUGUACCCUGUUGCUGGCACUGCGAACUGUGUGACGGAUAUCAAUACCAGCUGGAUGAGCUAAACUGUGACAUGUGUCCCUUCGAUAUGCGUCCCAUGCCAAACCGAACAGGCUGCCGGUCCACACCCAUCAUCAAACUGGAGUGGAGCUCCCCCUGGGCCAUCAUCCCUGUGUUCCUGGCUGUCCUGGGCAUCCUGGCCACCUCCGGAUGCAUCAUCACCUUCAUCCGCUUUAACGACACCCCCAUCGUCCGAGCCUCCGGCCGGGAGCUCAGCUACGUUCUCCUGACAGGCAUCUUCCUCAUCUACCUGAUCACCUUCCUCAUGAUCGCAGAGCCCAGCGCCCCAGUGUGUGCAUUCCGCAGGCUGCUGCUGGGCCUGGGCAUGUGUAUUACCUACUCAGCUAUGCUCACCAAGACCAACCGCAUAUACCGUAUCUUUGAGCAGGGCAAGAAAGCAGUCACGCCACCUCCGUUCAUCAGCCCUGCUUCUCAGCUGAUCAUCACCUUUAUACUCAUUGGUGUGCAGUUACUUGGCAUUUUCAUCUGGUUCGGAGUGGUGCCCCCACACACCAUCAUAGACUAUGAGGAGCAGCGGCCGCCCAACCCAGAGUUUGCACGUGGGGUCCUGAAAUGUGACAUGUCCGACCUGGCCCUGGUCCUCUGCUUGAGCUACAGUAUCGUGCUGAUGGUGACCUGCACUGUGUAUGCCAUCAAGAGCAGAGGGGUGCCAGAGACCUUCAACGAGGCCAAGCCCAUUGGCUUCACCAUGUACACCACCUGUAUCAUCUGGCUGGCCUUUGUGCCCAUCUUCUUUGGUACAGCACAGUCUACUGAGAAGAUGUUCAUCCAGACCACCACCCUGACGGUGUCCAUGAGCCUGAGUGCCACGGUGUCCCUGGGCAUGUUGUACAUCCCUAAGGUCUACGUCAUCAUCUUCCAACCGGAGCAGAACGUGCAGAAACGCAAGCGCAGCUCCAAGGCUGUGGCUUCCACAGUGACCUCACAACUCUCCCAGAAAGACGACAAGAAGAACGGAGAGUCCAAAAGUAGUGCCAUAGUGCCUGACCGAUCACAAUAAUCCAGCAGGAAACCAGAGAUGAAUACAACACCUGGCACCUAACAGAUGACAGCUUAUAAUGGUCUCUCUUGGCAAAGCACUCCCUCACAUGUGAGAGGGGGCUCCCGAGUGGCGCAGCGGUCUAAGGCAUCACUACAGACCCUGAUUCGAUUCCAGGCUGUAUCACAACUGGCUGUGAUUGGGAGUCCCAUAGGGCGGCGCACAAUUGGCCCAGCGUCGUUAGGGUUUGGCCGGGGUAGGCCGUCAUUGUAAAUAAGAAUUUGUCCUUAACUGACUUGCCUAGUUAAAUAAAGGUUAAAUAAAACAAUUAAAUAAAUGACAGCUGUCCACAAUGAACACUGUGGACAGCUUUGCUAGAUUUCAGGACAAAGUCUUCUUUUACAUUAGGAUAUGUCUAAGUGACCAUGGCAAUUAAUUAGUUCUCUUUGAUUUCUCUCCUCAGGACAAUUAGUUGGAUCAAUAGUUAAUAAAAUGUUAAACCUUUUCCUGACUGGAGGACCUAAAGUAGGAUCCUUUGAGAACAAGCUUUGUUGUUUACUUGAUUUAUCAGCACCGCAUGGGUUGUGAGUUUGUGUGUACAUUAUACGAAUGUUUCCACAGUACUGUUUGUAUGGGUGUCACAACUUUGACGCGUUGUUAUUUUUUACUGAUUACACUGGAAGGAACUUGCUUUUCUAUGCACCACUUUAUCAUGGAAUAACUAGUGUAGGGUUCUUGAAUGACAUAGUGGUAAAGAGAAACAACUGUAGGAAAUUCUGAUUACUGACAUCAAUACUGCCAGAUCUCAUGUAAGGUACCAUUUUAACAUGUUCUGUUAUGCUUUGGUUUAGUUUGCUGUUAAUUGCUUUAGCAGUAAUAACUUAUAUAUACAAUGCUACUUUCUAAAUUGGAAACCAGUGGUUCUGAACAGGAUAUUGUGUUCUGAGACAAUUGUUAGAAUCACAACAACGUAUGGCAUUUCUGUAGAUUAAGAACAAUCUCUUUAUAGUGCUGCUGGUGUUGCGAUUAUGAGAACAGUUAAUGGUAACACUUGAGUUCACUGAGAAUAUCGCUGGUUUUAGCAUCAAUGAUCACUUGUGUUCUUCAAUAUUGUGCCAUUAAAUCACUGUUUUGUGUUCUCAAAAUGUAUGUAAUGUUACAAGUUUCCCUUAAAAUAAAAUCACUACAAUAUCAUUUAAA